GCCGAGGAGGUUAGUCGAGCGCGAGUGCUCGGAUCGCGCGGUCGCAUUCGCUCUGCUUUGCCUUCGCUUGUACUUCUGCAGUAUACUCGUACUCGUGUAUACUUGUCGAGCUUCUGUCGUUACGUUUCGCGAUUUGUACACGGCCGUAUCGCGAGCAGCUGUAUAAGGUUGGACUUUUGUUGAGAACGAGUUAAAAAAAAAGUACUCGACCCCCCUCGUGAAGAACGACCAAUAAAAAUACCCCCUUGGUCCCAUUAAAAGCAGAAAUCGUCGUCAUCAGAAGCGCGUUAAACGCACUGCUCUUCGGGAAACCACGUGCACGGCGUCAUCAUCGUCGUCACCCAUCCACGGAAUUGACUGCAACUACGCUUGUAUAUACGUAUACACUGUGCUCUCGCGCGUGAUUAUCAUCGAGAGACCGGCGUCUCCCCUUCGCAUCUCUCUCUCUCUCUCUCUCUCUCUCUCUCUCUCUCUCUCUAUCUCUCGCUCUCUUAGGAGAGUUGCCUGUGUGCGUGCCUGUGUGUGCCGGCGGAGUGCGCGCGACAUAACCUCCAAAAAACCGAAGUAGGGGGCCUCCUUCGCCGCAGCAGACGACGAGGGAUUGAACGAGAGAGAUACACGCAGGGGCGGCAGACUCGGCCCCCGAGUGCUCGAGGCGAGAAGGAGAAAAAACUCGCGGAUCAUGUCGUCGCAGCGCAGGUGGCUCCUGGCUUGGUUGGCCUGGUUGACGGCGCUCCAGGUGGGCAGGGCCGAGCUUUACACGGCCCUCGUCGACAUGGAGGAGCUGCUCGAGACCGAGGCCGUUCUUAUCGACACCCUGCACGGCUUCAUCAGCGCCCAAGAGCAGAGACUUGCUACCCUUAGGAGAAACGUGGAGGAUUACGCCCGGGAACACGAGGAGGCCUCGCGCAACAUCCAGCAGUACCUGUCGAACCCGAUAAACGCUUAUCUGCUUGUGAAGCGGCUGACGACCGAUUGGCGCAGGGUCGAGGAGCUCAUCACCGAGGACGUCGGCAAGGCUUUCGUGGCCAACAUCACGAGCUCGCGCAGCGACCUGAAAUUCCCGACCGAGGAGGAUCUCAAUGGGGCGGCGGUCGCGCUAAUGAGGCUACAGGAUACUUACAAGCUCGAGACGGCUCAGGUUGCCAGGGGCGUCCUCAACGGCGUCCAGUACAGCACCGGACUCUCCGCGGGCGACUGCUUCGAGCUCGGUAGGCAGUCCUACAACAACGGCGACUAUUACCACACGGUGCUGUGGAUGCAGGAGGCGAUGGAUCGUCUGCAGGAGGAGAGCAGUAACCGUACGACCAUCUCCAAGCCAGACAUACUCGAGUACCUGGCCUUCUCCACCUACAUGCAAGGCAACGUGGUGAGGGCGCUGAGCAUGACGAACGAGCUGCUGGAGCUGGUGCCGACCCACCAGCGAGCUCUUGGUAACCGGGCCUACUACCAGGAGGAGAUCCAGAAGAGAACCAACGAGUCCAGAAGGAAACGCGGCGAGGACGGCAGCGAGGAUACACCCGCGGCUGACCAGCACUUCACUGUGACGGAAAAGAAGAUCAAGAGCGUGAGCGAGAUGACGGAGCGUGAGAGAUACGAGAUGCUGUGCCGGGGCGAGAUCAAGAUGCCCCUGAGCAUCCAGAAGGAGCUGCGCUGCCGCUACGUCGACCGAGGCAUACCCUUCCUCAAGAUAGCGCCUUUCAAGGAGGAGGAGGCCUACCUCGACCCUCGCAUCGUCAUCUACCACGACGUCAUCUACGACGACGAGAUCGAGACCAUCAAGCGGAUGGCUCAGCCCAGGUUCAAGCGGGCGACGGUGCAGAACUACAAGACCGGCGAGCUGGAAAUAGCGAACUACCGCAUUAGCAAGAGCGCCUGGCUGCAGGAGCACGAGCACAAGCACGUGCGGGCAGUGAGUCAACGGGUCGAGCACAUGACGAGCAUGAGCAUCGAGACUGCCGAGGAGCUCCAGGUUGUUAAUUAUGGAAUUGGCGGACAUUACGAGCCCCACUUCGAUUUCGCCAGGAGGGAGGAGAAGAACGCUUUCAAGAGCCUGGGCACCGGCAACCGUAUCGCCACAGUUUUGUAUUAUAUGAGUGACGUCGAGCAGGGAGGCGGAACUGUUUUUACGAAGAUUAAUAUUUCCCUUUGGCCGAAGAAAGGCAGCGCUGCUUUCUGGUACAAUCUCAAGCCUAACGGAGAGGGUGACUACAAGACGAGACACGCUGCGUGUCCUGUACUAACUGGAUCCAAGUGGGUUGCAAACAAGUGGCUGCACGAGAGAGGCCAAGAAUUUCACAGACCCUGCACGUUAGAGAACCAACCGGCCGAUGUUGACGACGGCCGUUACUAAACUCACACCAUCCAUCGGAUAAAAACGUGUUCCGUUCACGCAGAAGAGCGGGAGGAAGCCGAUUGCAAAUCGAGCCGGCGAGUUGCACUGUGCGCCGACCUCGAAAGGGCGCGAAUGAUAGAUAGCUCGUUGGUCAAGCCAAAGGAUUAAAUAAUUAUAGUUUUUACGGGAGCGUAUAUUAUGCGUUGCGAGCCGAGCGCGGCUUCUCCGUCGACUUCGCGAAUUCAAAUUUACUAUGAUCGAUUGGAUGCUUGGCGGAGAAAUCGCGCUCGAGUAGAGAUGCCAGACGAUAAGAACGACGAGGAAUGACUCAACGAUUGUUUCUUUUUGCGUUAAAUAUAUUAUUAUAUAUACAUGCACUCGACUCGAGGAUUAUUAAUCGUCAGAGAGAGAGAGAGAAAGAGAGAGAGAGAGAGAGAGAGAGAGAGAGAGAGAGAGAGAGAGAGAGCGCCCUGUUAGCCGGGCGCUGAAUUUUUAGCAAUAAACAAUCGCGAAUGCAGUGUGUGAUAUCGCAGAUUUUAAAGAGUAAAAAAAGAUUGUAUACUUAAUAUAUCUCUACUCGAAAUGUUAAAAAAGAAGAAGAAAAGGAAAAAGGCUAUUGUAAAAUCUCGACCGAUUGCCUGUAGUGUUAUACGAGGUGGACUAAUGAGGCGUUGCCCAGAAUAUACUACCGAUUAACGCGAGAAAGAAAAUCGUCGCUGUGUUUUAUUGAACUUUGAUGAACUUAAAACGAAUUUAAUGUUGGCCGGUGACAGUUUCUUUCGAGCGAUAUAUACGAGAACAAAAAAAAUCCUUAUGAAUUGUGCGCUUACGAUAUAAUGAUGAUGUAUAUGAAGAUUGAAAAGUGACUUUGUUCCUUCCGAUCUGUUGCAUUAAUUCAUUAAAACAGAGAUGUGAGAUUUGUACUAUGCGAGCAGAGCUUAUUUCGCAGUCUGCGAUAUUGUCUGUCGGUAAGGUAGCUACAGUGGAACAAGUGAGAAAUUCGCGUUUCAGUAUUUUUAACAACGCUUUAGCCGACUCAAAACCUUUUCAUAAGUAAAUUUUGUAAUGAUUUGUCAAUUGCCAAAACGGACAAUAUUUAGAACGAGUUUUGAGCAUUUAUUUAGACUGUUAACGUUUAAUACUUUGUGGAAAACUUUUUUUUACAUGACAUUAUUAUUAAGGCGAAAAUGCAAAGUAUGUUUCAUAUCUCGUUAAAAACACGGACAUCGUUUAUUCAAAUUUUUACGAGAACUAGCGAAAAUUGUAUUGAGCUGUAGGGACUCAUACUUGACAAGAGCAUAACACAUAGUGUAUCGCAUUUGAAUAAUUGGAGUCUCUAUUCGAACAAAGUUAGAUAGUAAGGCCAGUUUUUACAUCCGAUUAUCAUCAGUUAUUGAUAUACUCACAUCUUAUUACGAUGCAAAGUUACUAUGAAAUAUGAUGUAAUGAAAAUUUUUUGGAAAAGAGGAGACUGAGAUGAGUGAUGAUGCUUAUAAUCUGGUUUGCUUCGUUCUGGAAGCGCUAUGGAUGAUUGGUAGUCCAGUUGAAAUUCUAUAUAGUAUCGACUAUCAAGAUAAUGUUUAUAAUUAUUAGCUCUCGUCUGUUGAAAUCGUUAAUCCUUUAGAAUAUAAAACAUGUGACGAGUCGAUAAUGAAUAAACAUUUUCAAGAUAUAUCUAAUAAGUUUCUUUUAUAUUUCGUACGUAUAUCCUUUGGCCUAUUGACAAAAGACAUCAUCCGUGCAGAUAACCCAUCUCGUUAUUAUUUCCAUGACAUGAAAAAUUCGUUUUAUCGAAUGAAAAAGUAGAAUAUGUAAAGAGAUACUUGCUUAUAUCUUAUGUACAUGCAAGGUGAUUAAUCUUAAAGAAUACAGGAAUUGUAAAUUUAUUAACAAUUAAAAUGCUAUCUUUGAAAAAUUUAAUUAAAAUCGAAUAUAAGAAAUUUAAACUAGAGAUUGUAAACGUAUACUGAUUUGCGAGAACAAUACUUUCAUAUAUUGCUAUUAUUUGAAAUAACCAUCAAUUUACUAAUCAUUUUUCACUAGUGUCAAAUAUGUAAAUAUAGAAUGACCUGUACUUCUUUGUUGAAGUGUAAAAUAGAGAAUUAAAGGUAUCAAUUUCAAUUACUGAAGUAUAUAACAAUGAUAAAUAUGGAAAAUGAAUCUAUAUUUGAAAAGGAGCUUAUAUACCGUCAAUUUAUUUAGAAGCAUUUCGAUCAUACUUUGUGCAUUUUUUUUAAAAAGGAUAAUCCUCAUAUUAAAAUUCGCAUAUUAUUAUCUCGAAAUAUACUGUACACAUUCUAACUAACGAUGGAAGUUAAAAAAACGGUAUCACAUGUAAAGCAAUGAUUUUCUUUAACAAUAUAUUUAUCCUUCUUUUGUAAAAAAAAAAUAAAUUUGAACGCAUAAAAAAUACGUCGAUAAUGUAGGGAAUGAUUUUUAUGAUACUUUGUAUACUUUGUACUUUUGCAAUAUUUUGCUAAGCCUUGUUUUUGUUAGCUCGACAUUGUAUGAAAAAAUAAAAACUUUAAACUAA